AAAGGCACUGAAAUAGUUCUGAGCCACGAGAAAAUCAUUCAUUAAAACAAGCAGUUUUCCAUACUGAACCCUAUUGCAGCUCGCGCUUUUUGCCACUAUUUAAAAUGGCGGAAGUUAACAAAUUUGCCUCACUCGGCAGUACGCAGCAUGACCCGACCCGAGUUAGACAUCUAGCGCCUUCGGCGCUUCUAUGACGUUCUCACGUGAAAGAGAGACGAUUUGUAAUGUGCCUCGUUUUAGUUCGCAACAAAAACAAUUUCUGGAAGAAGAAGAGGAAGGGGUAUGACAUGGUGGACAGUACCGGCUUGUUUUAAAGGAUGGGGCAAUUUGAAUCUAAACAGCACGGAUUUGAAGGCAUUGUCAGCCACAUAUACGGAACCAUCUAUGGACAAUGCAUUGGAGAUGCAAUCGGGCUGCUUACCGAGUUCAUGAUAAAAGCAGAAGCAAAGAAGUAUUACAAACAACAUAUCAAAAAUGGGUUGGAGUAUAAGCUAAAAGUACCUGAUCUCCAUAGAGAAAGAUGGCAAACUGGAGAUUGGACAGAUGACUCUGAUCAGAUGCUGUGCAUUUUGCAGUCUCUUCUUGAUAUGAAUGGCAAAAUUGAUGUUCUUGAUGUUGGGAAGAAGCUGCAUGGAUGGAUACAACAUGGGAUACCUGAAUUGGAAAAGAGAUGUAUGGGUUUGGGGAGAUCAACUGGGACUGUCUUAAGACAUCCAGAAUAUCUUUCUGACCCCCAUAAGGCUGCAUAUGUGGUCUGGGAUUCUUCACAAAGGAAUAUUGCACCAAAUGGUGCAGUUAUGCGGACUUCAAUACUGGGUAUCCAUGAAUUCAUGUCUCUUGAAAAAGUUAAAGAGAAUACUGUUAACGUCUGUAAAUGCUCCCAUGCUGAUCCAAGAUGCAUAGCGUCAUGUGUUGCAGUGACAACUGCCAUUUCUACAAUGCUGCGAAGAGAAGACCAAUUCAUACUUGCUAACGGCGAUUUUGAUAUUUCUGCGAUAACACAAUUUGCAUAUGAGAAUGCAGUGACUUAUAUUGAGAAUGAAGACCAGAAAAGGGAGCUGGAGGCGGCCAUGUUUGCAAAACGGAUUUCAAGUCUUGAACUCUCUGAGUAUGGAAAGAUAGGCUAUACCCUAAAAACCCUUGGAGCUGGUUUUUGGGCGUUGAGACAGAAUGAUUUUGAAAAGGCUUUGACAACUAUUGUCAUGGAAGCAGGAGAUGCAGAUACAAACGGUGCUGUUGCAGGAGCUUUGCUUGGAUGCAAACUAAGCAUCAAUGGCAUACCAUCUAGAUGGAUUAACGACCUGAAAAACAAAACCUAUCUCAACCAGAAAAUUCACAGCUUAUUGGAACUAUUGGUAAAGAUGGAAAAUCUGCAAGAAGAGCAGGUACAGUCCUUCCAAGCACCGUGAUGCCCAAAGCAAGCAUGUAUAAACUUUUUAAUUGUUUUUAAUUAGAAAGCACAACCGGUUCACUAUUAGCUGAGAGUACUCAAGCACAUUGGGAGAGCUAAACGCAUAGUACUCAAGCACAUGGGGAUAGUUGGAGGGUCAUGGUAGCCAACCUUCUGAUAGAAGAUGGUACCUGAUGAUGAUGACUCGAGCACAUAUCAUUUUACACCAUUUCUUACACUUUCACAUUCUUAGCCCAUUUCCUUGGAAAGACUAGAAUUUAAAACUUUUUUCCUAUUAAAUUUGUAAGUGCCAAAGUGGACCAAACCAGCCAUCUAAGUGACCUAGAUUUUUCCAGGGGAGCAGUCACCCUGUGAUAUUAUUUGUGAGCAGCAUAGAUGGUUAAUGAUCAUUCAAUUUAUAAAUCUAUGCUGGUAGAGACUAUUGUGACCAAUGGUAAAUUUCAUUUGGCCAGAUGAGCUAUCAACCUUCCUUUUCUGCCCUUCUUAGCUCCAAUAUACCAUUUUUUAUUUCUGCGUGUAAUAUUUUUAUUAUAAAGGCAGCCUCUAUUUAAUGCAGAUGUUUAUUUAUCAAAAAUCAUGAAAUGUUAUUUACGGUCUAAAGUUAUUGAAAGUUUAAAAGGUACUUUUUUGUCUCUAAAAGCUUAAUUUUUAUCAAUCGUUACCAAUACUUGAAGUAUUAUUUUUCAUUACGCCACAACGUAAACCAAAGAUUGGUUUCUGAGGAUGAAUAUUAGAUACUUUGUUGAAUUUGUUUAGUUGGUAAUCUUUCAAUCAUUAUAACUGGACUUGAUAUUUACAAUCGUCGUAAAUGUUGGAAACUAAGGGCGCAGGACCCAGGCACCGCGCAGCCAUUGGGCUAGCAGGGGCUACAGCCCCCCCCUUUUUGCAAUAAUAGGCUAGAAAUGUUUUUAAAAGGUUUACUCUAACGCAACUUUGGAUAGCUUACUCCUAUGCAGUUCUUCUUGACUGGAAAUUUUUUUUAGUGUAUAUGGUGUAUGGACUGGAUAUGGUGUUUUUUCUAUUUUGGUUAGCUUGAUGUUUUAUUACCCUCGAGAUUAUUUUGUCCAUUUUUAUAGUUAUUGAUAUCUUCUCUGAACCAGGCUGUUUAUAAAGAUUCAGAAGAAAUAAGCAAGUAUUUUCUAAAAGAGGCCUUUUCCGACGUUCUAGAGGGCGUGGCCUAAAAAAAUUUCGGUCACACCCAUUUCAGCCCCUCCACUUUUAGAUUGGUGCGCGGUCCCUGGCAGGACCUUCCGUGUAUUCUUACAUUACAAGGAUGCUCAGCCAACUACCCAACACACUUUUUACUUGAAAUCGAUUUAGUCUGAUAACAUUUAUAUUUCAUUUAUCAUUUCAUUAUUUAUUGUAAUCGGAUUAUUUGUCUAGUGUUUUGAUAAUAUUGUCUCACAAAUCUAUAUGGACGACUGCAAAGAAUUCGUGUUAUUUUAUCAAAUUGAUAUCGUUAUGAUGAUGUUGCCUACACAGACCAACCAAAUAUGUACUCAUUUGUUAAGGGGGGCUAAGCCCCCCAAAUCUAUCUGAGUUUUGACAAGGAGCUGAGCCCCCCUUAAGCCCCCUCGACGGCACCACUGUGUGAAUGCUGUUAUGUAUUGGUGCACUCAGUAUAUUUCGAGAAAUUUUCUAAAAAAUUAGUCAACAAAUAGAUCAGGUAUCUGGAAAAUAAACCAUGUUUUAGAGAAGUAAUUGAAGGGAAUUUUGCUAACGUUUUUACAAUCCGAUUAUAUAGUUUGAUAUUUACAUUAAAACCGGUCUAUAUAUACCUACAUUAAACAUAUUUAUUAUAUCAUCGUUGAUUUUCAACUUAGGCCAUCUGGUCUUAGGCCAUUAGUCCAUUUUCAAAUUUUGACCCCAUAACAUGAAAGAACACCAUAAAAUACUCCCAUAUAUGCAAAAUCAGUUAAUUUUUUCAAAAAUUUGUUGAGCUAUGGCCAAUAGAAGAUUUGAAGUUUGCUAACGGAUUACUGUUAUUUUGGCUCAGUUCAUAGAGUUAUGAACUGAGACCAAAUUACAGAGAUUUGAUGGGGCCAUAGCUUUUGCUCAUCAGGUCAUA